AUGGACUUUGAUUUAGUUCUUGAAGAAAUUGGAGAACUUGGGAAAUUUCAGUUGACGAAUUAUAUAUUAAUAUGCCUGCCAGUACUUUAUGGAGCUGCUAACUCUUUGUCAUAUGUUUUCACGGCUCGUGCCCCUAAUUACAGAUGUUUUGUGGAUGAAUGUGACUCAGUGACUAAUCCCAGAUAUGACGAAGAUUGGGUCAAGGACGUAGUGCCUGGAACUAUAUCAGAAAGUUAUCAACACUUUAUACCGGAGAAUUGUUUCAAGUACAAUUUUGUGAAUUAUUCAAUAAACAUUAAUAACGAAUCCUGCCCAGCACAUUGGUUUGAUCAUGAAAAAGUAAAAUGCGAUAAAUGGGUUUUCGAUAUGAGUGAACGAACAAUCGUCAACGAUUGGAAAUUAACAUGUGUCGAGAAUCAAUGGAAGCUUGCACUUGUUGGAACAAUGCACUUUGCUGGAAUCAUGGCGGGGUCAGGAAUAUUCGGAUUUCUUGCUGAUUUAUUUGGCAGAAAACUUAUUUUUGUUGUUGCCACAAUGUUUAUGUCGUUAACUGGAAUUGGACAAGCAGUGUCGACGAGCUACGUCAUGUUUCUAACAUUUGCUUUCUUAAAUGCUGUUGGAACUUCCGGCGUUUAUCCUUUGGCUUUCGUGCUUGGACUUGAAAUGGUCGGAAAAAAGAAACGUGAAAUGUCAGGAGUCAUUCUGAAUUACUUUUAUUCGAUUGGUGAAGCACUUGUAGGAGUCAUUGCAUGGAUGGAUGGAGAUUGGGUGAAUUUACAGUAUUGGGUAUCGGCACCCCCGCUAAUAUUCCUGGCAUAUUAUUGGAUCAUUCCUGAAUCCAUACGAUGGCUUCUUGCAAAGAAUUGCAAUGACGAAGCUUUGAAAAUUAUUAAACGUGCUGCAAAAGACAACGGAGUUGAACUUUCACAGAACAUUCUUGCAAAGUUUGAAGAAGAACAAAACCAAAAGCAAGAAGAAGAAAACAAAUAUAACAUGAAAGUUCAGCAAAACUCGGAAGUGACGCUUGUGCAACCAAAACCAGCAACAUAUCGUGAGCUCUUAAAAUCACGGACAUUAAUUACACGUUGCUUGAUAUUAUUCUUCAUAUGGUAUGCUAAACUAAACAUGAAUACAAAUUCGUGUAAACUACUGAAAACUUUACUUUAUAGGGGGACAAAUGCAUUCGUUUUCUACGGACUUUCAUUGAACUCUAUAAAUUUGAGCGGCAAUAUUUACCUUAAUUUCAUACUUGGAUGUUUGAUUGAAAUUCCUGGCAACACAAUCGCUUGGGUAAUCAUUAAUAAGUUUGGUAGAAAAUUAUCCUUGGCUUGUUCUUUGCUUAUUUGUGGAAUUACAUGCAUUAGUGGUGGAUUCAUACCUGAAAAAGUUUUUUGGAUUCAAAUUUUAUUAUUUUUGGUCGGAAAAAUGGCAAUCACAUCAGCUUUUACCGUUGUUUAUGUUUAUUCAGCUGAAAUGUUACCAACGCUGAUAAGAAGCGGGGGAGUUGGAACAUUUUCAACAUUUUCUCGAUUUGGAGCACUCCUUGCACCUUUUGUCCCCUUGUUGAAGAACCUCUACAAUUUUCUUCCCUUAUUAGUUUUUGGUACAUUUGCAUUAACAUCUGGAAUGUUAUCAACACUUUUACCCGAAACACUCGGCGAAAAACUUCCCGACACUAUUGAAGAUGCGGAGAAUAUUGGAAGACAUUCAACAAAAGACCAACAAACUCACUUCAUUAUGGAUUUCGAUCUUAUACUUGAAGAAAUCGGGGAGUUUGGAAAAUUUCAGCUGACAAAUUAUUUGCUUAUCUGCUUACCGGUGCUCUAUGGCGCGGCUAAUUCAUUGUCAUACGUUUUUACUGCCAGAGCACCCAAUUACAGAUGUUUCGUUCCAUCAUGCGAUUCCGUAGAGAAUCCACAAUUCAAAGAAGACUGGGUCAAAGAUGUCUUACCAGGAGACGUUUCACAAAGUUCAGGCUUAUUUGUAGCAGAAAAUUGUUACAAAUAUCCUUUGAAAGACGAUUGGAUGGGAAGCAAUAAUGAAACAUGUUCAGCGGAUUGGUUUGUAAUUGAUUCUAAUAACCGCGAGAAGUGUGAUCUUUGGGUGUUUAAUGAAGACGAAAGAACAAUUGUGAAUGACUGGAAAUUAACAUGUUUAGAGAAUGAAUGGAAGCUUGCACUUGUUGGAACAAUGCACUUUGCUGGAAUCAUGGCGGGGUCAGGAAUAUUCGGAUUUCUUGCUGAUCGAUAUGGGAGAAAGAACCUUUUCAUCAUCGCCAUUCUCUUCAUGUCAUUAACUGGUGUUGGACAAGCAGUGUCGACGGGCUACGUCAUGUUUUUAAUAUUUGCUUUCUUAAAUGCUGUUGGAACUUCCGGCGUUUAUCCUUUGGCUUUUGUAAUCGGCGUUGAAAUGGUUGGAAGAAGGAAACGUGAAAUGUCAGGAGUUGUUCUGAAUUAUUUUUAUUCAGUUGGCGAAGCACUCGUUGGGGUCAUUGCAUGGCUUGAUGGAGAUUGGGUGAAUUUACAGUAUUGGGUAUCGGCACCACCCAUUUUAUUUGUUGCAUAUUAUUGGAUCAUUCCUGAAUCCAUUCGUUGGCUUUUGGCUAAGAAACGUAACAGAAAAGCUUUUAAGAUUAUAACAAAAGCAGCAAAGAACAAUGGUGUGAAACUUUCCGAAGGAAUUCUUUCAAAGUUCAACCAAGAGCUUGAUGAAGAUGAUGAACAUAAUGAGAUGAAAUCAGUAAGUUCCGGUAUGAGUGACAGACACAAUAAAAAGGUCACUUACAAGGAUUUGUUGAAAUCAAAGAUUUUAUUAAUACGUUCCUUGAUUCUGCUUUUUAUUUGGGGGACAAAUGCAUUCGUUUUCUAUGGACUUUCGUUGAACUCAGUUAACCUCAGUGGGAACAUUUACUUGAAUUUCAUCCUUGGCUGUCUAAUCGAAAUUCCUGGCAACACCGUCGCUUGGAUUAUUAUGAAUAAACUGGGCAGGCAAAUAUCAAUGUCAUCUAUGCUGCUUUUGUGUGGCAUAACUUGUAUUGCUGGUGCUUUUGUGCCCGAGAGAAUCUUUUGGAUUCAAAUCAUUCUAUUCUUAGUUGGAAAAUUGGCAAUAACCGCGUCAUUUUCAAUCUGUUACGUCUAUUCAGCUGAAAUGUUGCCUACGUUAAUACGAAGUGGAGGUGUUGGUGUUUUUUCAACAUUCUCCAGGUUUGGUGCUUUACUGGCGCCGUUCGUUCCCCUUCUUGAGAAUAUUUUCUCAUUUUUACCACUCUUGUUGUUUGGACUUGUUGGAUUUGUUGCCGGAAUUUUAUCACUUACACUUCCAGAGACCCUCGGAAUUACUCUGCCUGAUACAAUCGAAGAAGCAGAGAGCAUUGGCAGGAAACCAACAAACAAUAAUGAUGACGAUAAUUAGGAUUUUAUUCGAUGUAGGAAAUUAACAUUUCAUAACAAUUUUUAAGGAAAUUUUCUAAAUAUUGAGAACGAGAAAUCCAAAGUUUUAAAAAUUAACAAAUAUUAAACUAAGUUACUAAUUUCAUUCGAUAGUAUUUUUUCUUGUAUUUUAGUUUUAGUAAAUUAACGUUUAUAGACAGAAAUUAAUAAAAAGUUUACAAAUUUUCUAAC